ACACAGUGAACUUGCCCAGCAUCCGAGGGGCCGUGCGGGCUGUGGGGUCUUAUCUGCAGGACCAGGGCUUGAACCUGCUCAUCAACAACGCGGGCAUCAGCUCGCAUGCCACUCUGCACUCCCUGGACUCGCAGGAGAUGCUCUCCGUGUUUGCCACCAACGUGGUAGGGCCGCUCCAGGUUGUCAAGGAGUUUCUGCCGCUCCUGGAGAAGGCAGUGAAGGGUACAGGGAAGAAGGGGCUGAGCUGCAGCAGGGCUGCAAUCAUCAACGUCUCCACCAAACUGGGCUCCAUUGGGCUGUGCCUCGGGGUGUCAGAGGCCCCCACGUACCCAUACCGUGCCAGCAAGGCUGCCCAGAACAUGGUGACGAGGUGCAUGGCUGCAGAGCUCCAGGACAAGGGCAUCUUGUGCAUGGCCAUCCAUCCUGGCUGGGUGAAGACCGACAUGGGGACAGAGAAGGCACCGCUGAGCGUGGAGCAGAGCGUGCGGGGCAUCCUGACCGUGCUGGCCAGCCUCUCGCAGGACAACUCUGGAGCCUUCCUCGACUGGGAA